UCAGCAUGUGGGUUGGGAAGUUUGGUCUCGUGGCGUGGGUGUGCGUGGCGACGUGGUGGUGUGUCUCCGCUGAAGUGUUGCGAGGCGAUGGACUGCCGGGGGAAGACUGCCUGAUGGGGGGCGGUGUGGUGGGUUACUGCGAGGAGGUAAGGGCGUGUCUAGGCGACGGAGGAGUGGUGGAGAGGAAUGGGCGCGUGCAGCUGUGUCAACCCCACGGCAAUGAUACGAGUAUCUACGUGUGCUGCAGGAAGCCUCGUCUGGUUGCUAAAGAAUUGUGCGAGGCCUGGGCAGGGUAUUGGCGGGACGAGAACGGCAAUUGUGCUACGGAAACUCCACUGAUUUUCGGAGGCCAGGAGGCAAAUAUUGGAGAGUUCCCUAACGCGGUUCUGAUCGGCUCCAAGUACAAGAAUGAAGGAAUUAGGUACGACUGCGGUGGCUCUCUCAUCUCCCCCUACCACGUCCUCACCGCUGCCCACUGUGUCUUCGUCUACUCUUCCGACAUUACAUACUGGGCUAAGUUUGGGGAACACGAUACUUCCCACGACGCAACCUCUGACCUAACACCGGUGCUUCGAGGUCACAUCCCAUCUUCCCUAUACCGAGCCGCGGAGCUUCAAGAACAAGCCUUGAACUCCACGACCAAUACCACGAAUGAUGACCCGACUUCGACUUCGCCUAGCCCUGAAAUGGCCUUGGUGGAGCAGAUGAUUGAGGUGGAGUUUAAGGAGGUUCAUCCAGAUUAUCCACGUCUGUACAACUACCACGACAUUGCUGUGGUUAGACUGAAGACCCCGGUUAAGUUUACAAGGCGUGUCCUGCCAGCCUGCCUGCCCCUCGACCCAACAGAGGACCACCAAAACAAGCGCCUGACUGUCGUUGGGUGGGGCUACACGUCCUCAGGCAUGCAGGAAAUGUCGUCCACGCUGCAGAAGGUGGAGAUCCCAGUGGUGGACCUCCUCACCUGCUCUACCCAGGUGGCGAACCCCUACUCCAUCCCCAUGGGCAUCACCAAGGACAUGCUGUGUGCGGGGGAGCUGGGGAAGGACUCGUGUCAGGGUGAUAGCGGCGGGCCCUUGAUGGAGCAGGUACCAGUGGGUGGCGCCUCCUGCGAGCACACUGUUGUGGGUGUGGUGAGCUUCGGGGUGGGCUUGAAACACUCUCGCUGCGGACGCCUGGGUGUGUAUGCGCGGGUCUCUUCCUACCUGGACUGGAUAACUGGUAUUAUUGCCCCCAACAGCACAGGACAGGGCGCCUACCACACCACCACCACCACCACUACAUCCACUAACUCUUCCACCACCAACGUCACUACCACCACAACCACCGCAGCUACCACCACUGCCAGGGUGACCGCUACUACCGAGUCAGUCCCGGAGUUGUUAUAGUUGGUGUUCGAGAGGAUGACGCGAGGCCUGUGAUACAAUAACUCCCAUUCUUUUGACUUUCAACUGCAAUUCUAGUAUGCCUUUUUUUUAUAUAGUUUUUUUUCCCCUUGGCAGUUCUCCCUCUUACAUAAAAAAAAGUAAACAUUGACAUUUUGCACUGGUUCAAACGUGUCUAGCUGUGGUGACCUCAAUAUCAGCUCAAACGCAUAUCAAGCUCAAUCAAAUGUUUAAAUGCUAAGUGUAUCAUCAACUACGGGUGUGUAUAAGGUGUUGUUCGCAUGUUUGUGUGUAUAUACUAAGAGAAAAGAGUAUUUAGGUAAUUUCCUUUUGUUUUACACUUGUUUCAGUAUUAAACCAAUCACUAAGGUAGCUACGAGCAGCAUUGGUUUCCUACUGAAAAUACGAUUUCCCAGAAAUCAACCUGUUUCGGAUAUUCUACGAAGGAGAUAUGGACACUUGUUUCGUGUUGUACUUUCUUGCUUGGUCGUAUUGAGUGUCUUGAGUUGACAGUCAGUUCGUUAAGGCAUGAAUGACUUACUGUGGAAAUUAAUUGUUCCUGAUAGAUAUUGUUACCAGUACAAACUUGCGACAAAAAAAAAUAACAGAAGAAUAGUCCCAUAUAUAAGCAUACAAACAUUCG